CCCCGCGGAGGCAGGGGAGGAGAAAUGGGCGGGAGGCGGCUGGGAUAGCUCGGGACGCCGCGACGACGGGGUUGUCAUGGAGCCGCGGGGCCGGGCUCGCGCAUGCGCCACCAGACCCGCCAGUCUGGUCGUGGAGCGGCGACCCCGGCCCUAGGGCGAUCCAGAUGAAAAGAGUACUGAUGAGUCCACUUCCGGCCUAGUAAAACAUGGAGAGGAAAAACCCAUCCAGAGAAGGCCCCAGAAGACUCUCGGCCAAGCUCGGCAAAGGUGCCGAGAUGAAGAAAGUGGCCCGUCAACACGGUGUGGCAGCUGCUGAGUCAGAUAAGGACUCUGGAUUUUCAGAUGGGAGCUCAGAAUGUCUGAGCUCGGCAGAGCAGAUGGAGUCGGAGGACAUGCUGAGCGCCUUAGGCUGGAAGCGAGAAGACAGGCCAAGGCAGAGCUCCAAGACGGCCAGCAGUGCCUUCCCGGCACUGUCCCCCAUGGUCGUCAUGAAGAACGUGCUGGUCAAACAGGGCAGCAGCGCGUCCCAGCCCCAGUCGUGGACGGUCCAGCCCUCCUUUGAAGUCAUCUCAGCGCAGCCACAGCUCUUAUUCCUGCACCCGCCCGUGCCGCCUCCUGUUAGCCCAUGUCACGCUGGCGAGAGAAAGUCAGACUCCAGGAACUACUUGCCCAUUCUCAAUUCCUAUACCAAAAUAGCCCCACACCCAGGCAAAAGGUGCUUCAGCCCCGAAGAGAGAGGAGAGAGUGGCACGCAGAAGAAGAUCUGCGCUGAGAGACUCGGGCCGAGCCUGUCUUCCAGUGAGCCGACCAAGCCUGGUGCUGUGCCGUCCAGGCCCCCAGCUCCCGUGCCCCCCAGUGCCAAGCUUGCCGAGGACUCAGCCCUGCAGGGGGUGCCCUCACAGGUGGCAGGCGGAAGUCCUCAGACUCUUCAGCCAGUGUCCAGCAGCCACGUGGCUAAAGCUCCCAGUCUGACCUUUGCGUCCCCUGCCAGUCCUGUCUGCGCAUCAGACAGCACCCUGCAUGGGUUAGAGAGCAGCUCCCCGCUCUCGCCGCUGUCGGCUAAUUACAGCUCGCCUCUCUGGGCCGCCGAGCACCUCUGCCGCAGCCCGGAUGUCUUUUCAGAGCAGCGGCAGAGCAAACACCGGCGCUUUCAGAACACCCUGGUGGUCCUGCACAAGUCCGGGUUGCUGGAGAUCACUUUGAAAACCAAGGAAUUGAUUCGUCAGAACCAGGCAACUCAGGUGGAACUAGACCAGCUAAAGGAGCAGACCCAGCUGUUUAUAGAGGCCGCCAAGAGCAGGGCUCCUCAGGCCUGGGCCAGGCUGCAGGCGUCUUUAACAUCCGGGUCCAGUCAUGCUGGCAGUGACCUGGAAGCACUCUCUGAUCACCCAGACAUAUAGCUCAGACGGCACGUUUUCCUGUGACUUGAGUGGUUCUUUAACUCUUUUGCUGUUAUCUUAUUCCUAUUUCCUGAAACUUAUGUAAGAGCUUUCCUUCUAAACUUAAACUAUUCAGCAGUUCACGUAUGAAGCCACAUGCCAGUACCUGGCUGCUGUCUUAACCUGUGGUCUAUGCACAGUUUACUAUGUCUCUGUUCCACUGAGGACCUCAGAUUCGGAGUGUCCUCAAGUUCCUUUUCCCUAGCCUUCAGGCGCUUAGAUGGUUCACGGGGCAGAGGAGGAGAGAUGACUGUGUGGGGCUCUUCCAGCUGUCACCUCCCACCAUCCCACCCACUCACUGUGAUCAAGGGUGAGUGACACGGAUGAAUGUACAGAGUGGCUCCUGUCAAGCCAGGGAGUAGGUGACUUAAGGAUCCCUUCAUGGCUCUGCCCUUGAACGUCUUAGUCACAGAGGAAAAUAAGAGGCAGUGCGUUUGGGUGAAACCUGAAGUGCUUUGGGCACAGGUUGGGCUGGGGGUGCCAGCACUUAAUCACUUAAAGCUUUGUUUUCUUAGACGUGGAAGUCAAGGGGAAAGGGCUGUACCGUCUGACUCUACACCUUAGUCACAAGCCAGGCUUCUCUUCACUUAAACUGGUGGGCAGAAUCCUUCAGAUUUUUAAGUGUGGAAUGGAUUCAGUACCAUCUGGAAUUACAGUUGAUGAGUUGCUUUUCUGACUUAGAGUCUGAGAAAGCAGACAGGGCCGGCAUCUCUUGUCAGGAGCCGGAAGAUUUUGGUAAUUUAUGCCUUCUUUCCCUUUCUUCUUUUGGGACAAUGCAACCUGUUUUAUGUAUGAAAAUCUUAAAGAUGGCUUCCUGGUUCCUGAGAGUGUAAUGUAAGUUAACCCUCUGCUGCCCCCUUUGUUUUACUUUUGUUUUUAUAAAGGGAAAGAAGUGAUUAUGAUGCCUGAUAAACUUGGAAUUAAAGUCAUCCUGAGGUUAUGAAAUAUAAGUCCACAAAAAAUUGGAAAGCGUUCUUAUCCGUUUUCUCUUCACACCCGAAGUUUCCACGUGUCCGUGCGGUGCGUGGUGACGUGGAGCGGCUGUUGUGCGAGUCGCGUUUGUGUCUUGCAUUGGAUUUUGGCAGCAAAGCCGGAGGGAUAGUGUUGGUUCUGUGAAGUUCAUCUAGAAAUGGAGAAUCUGAUGAGAAUUUCCAGAUGGUACACAUUCUUCCAGCUUCCUUGUAAAGGUAAACUGCUUAGAUUUCUAAGUGGUAUUGUUUCACACUUUCUAUCCUCUUAUUCUAAAAUCUCAUCCUCUUGAAAAUCUUUGUACAAAUUACCUUAAUAAGAAGUUCUGUAUGACCAGCCUCAUCUUUUCUACAAGGAAAAUCUUCUUGAAAUUCUACCAAGGCCAGAAGCUAACGCUCGUAUUUACUAGGUAGUUGUAACUCUGAUGUAGGCAGGUUGCCUGCACUUUGUUCUCAACUGUGUAUGAUUUAGAUCGGACCGAUUUAGAAAUAAACAGUUCGAGAUGGUAAUAAAAAUCCCGAGAUGCUCCUGGUCGCUGUAGGAUAAUAGUGAUCUGCCAUUGGCUUUCUGAAAGAGUCUGAGGGAUCGGAGCGAGUAUGUCGCUAAGCAGACGCAGCUCCUUGGAACAGUCUGCCCUUGGCCCACUCCCCGUGCCCCCCCGACUCUCUGGGGUACCACAGCAUCUCUGCUCUGCGCACCAUGCGAGGAAGCUUCCUUUUUGGCAGAAUAUGUUUGGCAGGAAAGCUCUGGAGACAGGUGCAUUCAGAACAGCCUGGGCACCAGUCAUGAGCCUUACUGAGUGUCAAAAAUCUGCACACACUUGCUGAGAACCAAAUUUAUUCCAUCGGAAAACCCUCUGUGGCGCUCUGUGCCUCUUGGCCGCUUCUUCCUAGAUUAAGGUUUGCCGUUUCCCUUCCUGUCACAGUAAAAGAUGAUGAAAGCCGUCAUUGCUCCUCACUGCUGAGGGGCAGGGAGAAGCAGCGCCCCCAGUCCGCCCCCGCCGGCUCUUUGCUGAACUUGUAAGCUGGUGCGGAAGCCCAUCUAGGCUGUUAGCAUGGGUGUUCUUUCCCUGGAGGAGCUGUUAGCAGAAGGAGCCAAGUAGAGAAGCUAGAUCUUGGAAGGUGAGAUCCACUGAGGCUAGCAGACGUUUGGGGCCAGAAGCCAGAUCGGCAAACGGAGGAGCGUCGGGGUUGAGCAGGAAGGUCGGCUGGCUGCACAGGCUGUAAGUAGGACUGGUCUUGGCAGUGCAUGCUCUGGUCUGGUGUCGCGCGCUGUGGCGGAGCUGCCGCGUUCUGAGGUGAGAAGGCGUUCUUAGCACACACCAACCCUCAGGAGAACUCCUGGCAGAUCUUGUUGGCAGUGUUGAAACACAUCUAGAAAAAGCUGCGGGUUGAAUUGGCUAUGGGAAUGGAGUUUAAUGACGUUUGUAAUUUAUUACACUCUCAUUGCUUUUUAUUCAUUAUAGUAUUGUCUGACUUUUUUCUACUAUGACUCCUUCAGAAAAGUAACUCUCGUGCACAUAUUGAAGUGUUUUUCCUGCUAUGAAUUCUUUAGGAUAGAGAUUUAUUUACCAAAUGUGAAUUCUUUUGGAGAAGUAUGAAGUUUUGUAGAAAUUGACUGUGAAAUGUCAGAGAAAAAUAAAAGUCACUUACUUGAAAACUA